CAUGAUUAGAUUUACAGGCGGUGUGGUCACUUGGCCCACGACGAGAAUGAAAGCUAAUGAAGGAGACAAGAUGAUGGAGUCUUCAUCUUUGGUAAAGAGAUACGGUAGAAUAGGAGGAGUAGUAGCAUUAUACUGGUUUGUGUCAAUUUCUCUUGUUUUCAUGAACAAACAUUUACUCAGCAAUGAAAGAUUAAACUUAAAUGCUCCAAUAUUCAUCACAUUAUCACAAUGCUGUACUGCAGUUACUGUAUUCUUUAUACUUGGUCUCCUCAGCUCAAAAUUCCCUCACUCAAUCACAUUCCCUUCAUUUGAAUAUUAUCCAGCCACUGUAUUAAAGAUGCUUCCACUCUCACUCGUUUUCGUAGGAAUGAUAACUUUUAAUAACUUAACCCUCAAAUUUCUCGGUGUCGCCUUUUAUAAUGUCGGUCGCUCGCUAACAACAGUUUUUAAUGUGAUUCUAUCAUUUUUGGUUCUAAAGCAGCCCACAUCAAUAAGAGUCCUAACAUGCUGUGCCUGUAUAGUCCUUGGGUUCCUCCUGGGCGUCAACGAAGAAGAUAAAAGUGCUAAGGAUUUCAACAUACUUGGUGUCAUCUGUGGUAUACUGGCAAGCCUCUGUGUGGCUCUUUAUUCCAUUUUAAUAAAACGGUCACUCCCACUCGUUGAUGAUAACAUAUGGAAACUUCAGCUCUACAAUAAUGUAAACGCUGUCUUCUUACUAGCGCCUCUCAUGGUAUUAUUCCAUGAGUUACCAGAGCUACGUAAUUUUGAAUAUUUCGACGACCCUCUCUUUCUCUCUCUCCUCCUCCUCUCUGGGAUUUUCGGUAUAGCCAUUGGUUAUGUGAUGUCGCUCCAGAUUAAAGUGACCACACCCCUCACUCAUAACGUUAGUGGGACGGCCAAGGCGUGUUUUCAAACUAUUCUUGCUUGUAUCGUGUUUAAGGAGGUCAAGUCUCUCAAAUGGUGGGCUUGUAAUUUCAUGGUACUUGGCGGAUCGUCAGCUUACACUUAUGUUAAAAUGAUUGAAAUGAAGGAGGCGGCUGAGAAGAAGCCACACCCACAAGAGGGCGGGACCGAUGUAAAAGCUUAAGAUAAAAUUAAUUUGUUUAAAUUUUUUAUGUUGACUACUAGUGAGGGUUAGUGAGGUAUAUAUCUGGUUUUUGAAUUAAAAAUUUGAAAAUGA